GAGAGGCCCCGCGCGGGGAGGACCGUUAGGCGCCAGAUGUUUGGCAGCGGCCGGGGGAGGAAGUCGCUGCCGGGGCCCUGAGUCCCGCCCGAGCCGCGCCGGAGCACGCAGGGCCCCGCCAUGGCCCGCACGGCUCCCCCGGCAGUGCCACCGCCCCCGGGGCCGCCGGCCCGCGGCUCCCUCAGUCUGCACCGUGCCUACCUGCGGAGCCCGCUGGGCCUGCUGCGCCUGGGGCAGCUGGCGCUGGGCGCUGCCUUCUGGGUGACGGUGGCGGCUCACAAGUACGAAGGAGCGGCCCACUUCGCCCUCUUCGCUGCCGUGCUGGUCUGGCUUCUCACCCUGGCCCUCUUCGGGCUGAGCCUGCUGGGGCGCUGGGCGCUGGUGCCCUGGCUGGGCUCCCGCUGGCUCCUCACCAACCUGGUGCACGACCUGGCGCUGGGCGUGGGGCUCUACGCAGCUGCCACUGGCAUCAUGGGCUACAAGGCUGGGCAGAGAAGCUAUUGCAACCUGCCGGGCUACAGCCAGCACUGCCUCUACGGCGCCUACCUGAGCGCCUCCGUCUGCGGGGGCAUCGCCGCCUGCCUGUACCUUUUCUCGGGGCUCUACUGCCUUUCACGGCGCUGCCAGGACCAGCGUGACAUCAUCUGAGACUCCAUGGCGCUCGGCUCCCCUUCUUCUCACCCGCGGACAGAGCGCAGCCCCCCUUCGGGACAAAGUGACCCUGCAGCCCCAUCCCCUCCCGGCUGAACGCACCGCGCUUCCUCCAGGGACUCCUGCGCAGAUGGACGAAUGGACAGAGGCCUUCCCCGAGCAUGGCUUCCUCUGCAUCCCGCCCAGACAGUGUGGACACCCAGCUGCUGCACAGGCCCCUCUCCCAGCCCUGGACAGACGUAGGUUAUUGCAAGUGGAAGGACCCCAGCGGAGAGCCCUUCAGAGGGACCCCGAACUCUGGGAGGCCCCUAGGGCCCGUGCCCAACUUCCCUGCCCCCAGCCUUGCAGAUGCUGCAUGCUCAGGUGGGUGCCAGCCUGUCCCUGGGGCGGAGGUGGACUGGCCUGGGGGAGCUGAGCUAGGGGCAGUGGCAAGUAGUGAGGCUGGGUGGGCGUAAACACGCCACCCCCCCCCCAACCCUCUGGCAGCCCCUUCCUGCCAUUCCCAGCUGCGCUGUGCCUCCACAGUUCCCUAAGGGAGGCUCUGAUCUCCGCUUCCCCAGCCCGGGCCCCUCCUCCUGUCUGGCCUGAACAUGUCUGCCGUCUUGCCAGAGCCCCGCGGGGCUCAGCCCCUCCCUGCCCCGCACUCUGGGGAUGUGGAGACACCCAGGUCCUGCACAGCCUGGCACGGCAUCCCCCCGGCCCGCCGGGCACGCUGUCCUGUUUGGGGACUAAGCCUGUGCAGGGCAGCAAGGCCUCCAUCACUGCAGGGCGAGGGGAGGGGCGAGCCGGGGCAUAGCCUGGUCCUGUGACCCUGGGCAGGGGGUGAAUUCCUCCAGCCCUGAGGUUCAUACUGCCCCGGGACAGGGCAGGUGCCCCUGGGGUUGAAGGAGCGGGGCACCGGCUUGUUCUCUCCCGUUGCCCUCCUGCAGCGAGGUUCAUGGCUCUGAGCCACUCGGAGCCACCGAGCCUGCCCUGCGGCCUGGCUGCUGUGACAGGGGCAGGCACGACCUUGCUGGUGGUGCUGGAAACUGCUCUGCAGCCCUGCCUGGCUUUGCAGCCCUUGGUUUAUCAUCCCAGAAAACUCUCAUGUCGGGACUCUCUGGCUCCAUCUCGGGGCCCUGCGCUGCCUGGAGACCAUGGUGAGGUGGAGGGCAAGGGUGAGCAUAGCAGCAUGGCAGUACUGGGUGGCUGCUGGCACCGUGUCAGCAGGGGAGCUGGGGCCAGGCAUUGCAGGGACACAGCCUGUCUUGGGGAACAGGAGAAGAGGACACCAGCAACGGGGCCAAUCCCACGCUGGAUCAGCCUCCACAGCCUGCCAGGUGCCAAGCCCUGAGGACGCUGUGUAGGGCUGACGGGAGCAAUGGGCAGCCAGAGACUGGGAAUUUUUGGAGGAGCACCACACUGGGGCUGCCCUGACACAAGACCUCCUCGCUUUGCCUAGAGGCAGGUCCUCUCCAUCGCUCCUGGUUCAAGGGAGGGUCUGUCCCAAUCUCUGCGUGGGCUUGGACUGGUAGGAUGGGUGUCCCCAGCAGCUGGCUGCGGGCUCUGGCUGUUGCCUGGGGUUCCCUGGUGCCUUUUUUUGAGGUGGAAAUCAGCAGCCAUGAUCCCCUUGGAGCUUGGAGGGGUCUGGAGUUGGCACUGGGUCACCGCUUCCAUCACGAGGUGCUGCCCCAGCUGAUCCCUCCUCAUGCUCGGGGGCCCUGCCAGCCCCCAGGCCACCUACCCCUUCUCUGGGCAGGAUGUGCUGUCUCUAUCUGUGUCAGGGCUGGUCCCUGAUACUGCCUGCCCAUACCUGCUCCAGUGCAGCCCCUGGCCCAGGCUGCCCAAAAUGCCCAGCGGGGCUCCUGCCACCACAAGUGCCUUUUCUUGGCUUUCUGCAGCCCUGCCUGUCACACUGGCUCUGUCCCCCUCCAGACCUCCCUCUGGUGCCUAUGGAAUCACUUUCCAAAUAAAGCAACGUUGGCGCUUA